AUGGUAGUUAUUCUUGCUGCAUUAGUGGCUGUAGCCAGGGGCGGAGUAAUAGGGGCACCUGUUGCCGUUGGUCCCGCAUUAGCCGCCCCUGUGGUAGCUGCCAAACUAUCUGACUCCACCUUCGACCCAAACCCGCAAUACUCUUUUGCCUACGAUGUCCAGGACACUUUGACAGGUGACAGCAAGAGCCAUGUGGAAAGUCGUAAUGGCGGAAUCGUACAAGGACAAUACACAGUAGCCGAUCCUGACGGAACUAGACGCAUCGUUGAUUACACCGCAGAUCCUGUCAACGGAUUUAACGCUGUCGUUAGGAAAACGCCUUUGGCUAUUGCCGCUCCCGUCGUAGCCGCCAGAGCUGCAGCUGUCGCUCCUGUAGUGGCCGCUCCUGCACCUGUUUUGGCAGCUAAUGCAGUCGCUCCGGCGUUCCCUCGUUUAGCGUCUCCGUAUGUUGCCGCUCCCGCUUUUGCACCAGCGCCUUUUCCUAGGUUUGCGUCUCCUCUAAAUUAUGCCGUUGUUUAAGAUUGACUGAUGUUUUCGUAUUAUUUUGUAUAUAGAUAGUUUAUUGUAAUAAAUUUUGAG